AAAGUCCCCAGAUUCGCCCGCCUCUCUUUUCUCUUUCCCACCCUCACUUUCCAUUUCCACGGAGAAACCGCGACCUCCGAAAAGUCUUGGUCCCCUCUUUAUUCCCUCCGCACUACGAAAUAUCCAAGUUCCAACCUUUAUUCCCUCCCGGCAUCGACCAUCCCGUGUUAUGGGGUGCUCCGGAGAGUAGCCGUCUUCUUCACGAUCACCCCAUGGACGCGACGCAGAGGAGCGACGGCGACCGCGAACCCUCCAAGGAGGACGCCGCGGCGGCGGUGGCGGUGGCGGUGGCGGUGGCGACGCCUCUAUCGGGGAUCGCCGACGCGUUCGAGAAGCUGGCCGGCUCGCUGAGCGGCGACCGCGCGGGGCUCCAGCUGGACGCACUCUGCGACGCCUGCGCUCCCGUCUCGGUCCUCUUCGGUUGCCUCGGGAUCGCCUUCAAGUUCGCCGAGAUGGAGUUCGUCUCCAAGGUGUCUAAUCUAGUGGAGGCAUCAAAAAAAUAUUGCACUUUAGAGAAAAUAAUUGAUGUUGAUGUUGCCAAUCGCACAGUGAAGAAGCAAGGAAGCCACACACGAAAUCUUCGUCGGGUUAGGCUAGGUCUCGACCUCAUCAGAGCUUUAUUUGAGCAAUUUCUGUCUUCUCAGGACAACUCCUUGAAGGCAGCAGCUACCACCGCUUAUUCUCAGGUUUGUGCACCAUAUCACUCGUGGGCAGUCCGGACAGCAGCUUAUGCAGGCAUGUAUGCCCUCCCGUCAAGGGAUCAGCUUCUGCUAAAGCUCAAUGAGAAUGGAUUUCCUUCAACUUGCAUAAAAAGUUCUCGUGCAGCCACAGCUAUCCCAGAGUGCCCAUAAUGGGGGAAAGAGGUUUCGAUGUUUUGCAUUAUGUCAGAGCAAGGAUGACUGCAGUUUCAGUUCAGUGUCAACUUGUUUCACGAGAAUGAGAGAAAGAAACCAAGAUAGGUUUAGAGCAAUCAACAUUUUCCACUACAAGCAGAGAUUUUGGACCCUAAUAGAUUUAGAAAUAUUACUAAAAACGGACUGAUUUGAGGCCUAACUUUCAUGAAUGAGUGAAUGGAUAGUUUGAUGCUUUGAAAUAGUCUAAUCUUUAUCUUGCUGCUGUCAGAAACCUUUCCUGUUCAAUUUUGUUGAAAUACUCAACUCGGGUAGGAGUAACAACCAAGAUGAACGCAUAACGUAUAUCUGUUGGUUCUUUGUAAAGUUUUAGUCGCUUGAGCUUAUCUGUGUCAAAUCCAAACCAAUCCAUGCAUUGUUUUAUCAUUUUCUGGCAAAAUUACGAAUCAUGCUUGUGCGCUUAAGUUCGAAGAGAAUUGCGUAUGUGGUUUGGUGUUUCUGGAGUGUCCUCACAAUUGAGACUUUCUUUAGGAGUACAGAGGACAAACCACGAUCCUGUAAUUAGUAUAUUCUGCAAAACGUGAGUUGGAAUCAAAUAAUCAGAAAAUGCCAGUGAA